AUGCUACAAUUUAUACAAUAAUAAAUUUCAUAACAUACUUAAGCUAAAGAAAAACAGAUUGGUAUAAAUGUUUCUUAUUUUAUAUAUAGUUUAAUAUUUAGAAUAAAGUUAAUUUUCAUUAUAUGAGGAUAUGUUGAUUUUAGAAAAAAUGUUAAUUGAUAAACUAACCUAUCAAAAUUUUGAGUAAUUAUCAGAAAAAUGUUAUAAAAAGACUCCUGAUGAAUUAAAACUUAGAUAUAUUAAUUGUAUUAAGAAAUUAACAGAAGAUGAUUUAAAAUAAAUUAUAGAAUUUAUUAAAAAUAAUGGUUUGGAGGGAAUAUUAUUUUAUGACAAAAAAGAAUUAUAAAUUUGUAAAAUCAAUGAGGAAAUCAAAAAGAAAAAGGAUGCAAAAUAAACCAAAAAGGAAAUAAUAUAAUUAGGGGAACCUUUAUUGAAGAAAAAGAUACGAAUUCAACCAGAUUUCUAACCUUAAAUCUAAAACUAUUAUUAACUUACUGAUUUAUAAAAAUAAAUUUUAUAUUGUAGUACUCCUACUUAUUAAGAAUAGAGGUUUCCUACUAAUCCUAACUAUUAAUAAUUAGAAAGAUUGAAAUAGGAAUAAUUUUAAAAUGCUUUACAUGAUUUAAGCUUAUGGUAUGAUAUACCAUUUUAGAAAAUGAUCUUACUUUUGAAAGCUUGUUCAGGAAACUUUCAAAAUUUGAAAUAAUUUCUUGAAAACAAAAACUACUUUAUUUAUUGGAUGGCAGAAGAGGAUCAAAAGUUAUAAUCAAAAGAAGAAAUCAAAUCAUUAUAUUUAACAAAGGGAGCAAUAGAAGUGGAGAAAAGAAAAAAGUGGCUACAUAAUGAAUGA